AAUGACAUUCCCUCCCUAUGCAAGCAAUAUUUUUAACAAAUUUGACUAAUGUGAGGAAAAACUGUGGUUCAAAUCCUCAAAGGAUAACUAAAAAUGUCAACCUUUGUUCAUAUGGAGGCUUCGCUCAUCGUGUUGAAAGUCGAUUUGCCCAAGUGGACUUCCAUGCCUAAGUUCCGGUCAAUGGGGUUUCUUCAGAUCCAAGCAUUCAAAUUUUUGACUGUUAAUGUAUUUCUUUGAAGGAUGUAAAGAAAAUUUUGUCUUCUAAAGUAGGUGGCAGAGCAGAAUGUCAAAUUCUGGAGUUUAGACAUCAAUGUCAAUCAUUAAUUUCAUACAUAGGAGGCAGGGAAGAACAUGCCUCAUUCUUCAAAGUAAAAUUGAAAUAUUGAGAAGAAUAUAACAUAAUAUUUUUGAGGUCUUAUCUUCUUUAGUUAAAAAGGAAGAAUCCUUCUAAAUGUCUAAGUUCUGUGAAUUAAUCAUUUCACGGGAGAAACUCGAUCGGUUAGGUUGCUGUUCUUUCUUUCUUCCUCCCCAACUGUUCUCAGUCCUCCUCACAGAGUGAGAUAUACAGCACACAUUUAGAAAUGUUAGCUUUUGUGCAGAUCAAUGGUAAACGGACCUCGCUACCCUUUGAACCACUGCUUGUUAUAUGUUUGUAUUAACCCAAACUUCUUAUUCUAAUCUUCCAUCAUGCCUGACAUUCUCUUUCAAUUCUUUUCCUUCUCCUCAACUGUGCGUAGCGCUGAUGUGGACUGAUCUACUAGCUGCAUAUGCAAUGUGGAUGACCAUGGCAUACUUAACUGACGCAUGGAAGCUCAACCUCAAGCACGCCGCUGCAAUUGUCAAUUUGUUCUGGGGCAUCGUGGCCAUAAUGCCAGUGGGCUUGCAAUUUGUUGUGGAUACUUUCAUGGGUUACUAUUGGAUGGUCUUGCUCUCCAGUUUUUCCUACAUCGCUGGCUUAGGUUUUCUGUCAAUGUUAACACCACCAGACCUUGCUGCUGCAACAGCCACUUGCAGCGCAUAUGAUCCCGAGUGCAUCGGCCAAGGGCAAAAAAUCCUCUUUUUCACAGCUUUAGCUCUAAUAGCUGUGGGAUUUUCUGGUCACUUAGUCUCCGUACCACAAUUCAUGGCUGACCAGGACUCACACUCAAACCAUAGAGACAGCAUGCUCUGUCACUUGUUCAUAAGCUUUACAGUGAUCCACGUCCCCAUAGCUGGAGCUUUUGCUAUUUAUUAUAUAAAGCCUUGGUCAAUGAGGUAUGGCAUCCCUGCCAUAUGUACCUUGGUAGCAACACUUAUUUUCUUGACUGGUUCGUGCUCAUAUCGCACUUAUAGACCAUACGGCAGCCCUCUCACUGUUCUGUUUAGGGUCUUUGUGGCCUCUGCCUCCAAAAUUUUCCAGAAACACCCCAGAGACUCCUCUCAUCUCUACGAGAGACGUGAUGAUUAUUACUUGAUACCUCACACUCGUCGCCUCAGGUGCCUAGACAAGGCUGCAAUCAUAUUAGCCACCCAACCUCUACAGCAACAAGAAAAUAAUAGUUGGAGACUUUGUAGAGUCACAGAAGUGGAAGAAACCAAAAGCGUCCUAUGCAUGAUUCCCAUAUGCAUGACACUUAUCCUAAUUGGUGUUGUAUCUUCAAUUGGAACUAGUUUCUGCAUUGAACAAGCAACCCACAUGAAUCACGAAGUUGGCGCAUAACAGUUCCUCUUCCAAUCUUAGUAUGGUUCUAUACUCUUGCCAAACAACUAUUUGGAAAACUUAACUUCCAAAUUGCAGAACUAACAAGGUAUGGUCCCCGAAUUGGAAUUGCCGUGUCAAUGAUUUUUGGAAUUCUAUGCUCAAUCACAGCUGCAAAAGUGGAGACACGAAGGCUGGGCGUGGUUAAGAGCCACGGUCUAAUCGACAAGCCUGAGGAAACGGUUCCCAUGAGCAUGUUUUGGUUGCUUCCACAGUUUCUUCUCCUCGGAGGCCUUGAAGGGAUUGCAGAAAGUAGCAUUGAUUUGUUCUUAGUUAAGCAAGUCCCUCCAUCCAUUGAUCAGUGCAUGGUUCGGUUUUGUGUUGCUUUUUUGGGAGUGGGGAGUAUAGGCGGUGUCUUGUCUGUUUAUGUAGUGGGUGAGAUAAGUGGACAGGGAGGGAAACCCAGUUGGUUCUAAACAAGAGUCGCUUGGAUCAUUAUUACUGGACCUUGGCUGCAUUGUCCGCAGUUAAUCUUGUUCUCUAUGUUUUGGUGAGCUUUUGGUAUGCUUACAAGGAUUCCAGGUCGGAGGAUGAUGAAACUGCUGAGCCAUUUGAUGAGGAUCAUGUGCAACUCAUUUGAUAAUGACAAUGUGCAACUCUGCCACGCAUAAUUUUGUAUCUACGGUUUCUAUAACAUGUCUCUUAUAUCUUUUCUUGGACGAGAUUAUGUGAUUACAUUUCCACAGCUGUGAUGAGUAAAUAGUUGUAAAGAUUUGUAUUGAAAGGUGAUGUCGAAUAAAUGUGAUACAGAGUACUUGCCACUUAAA